ACCACUAUAGGUGCUAAUGCUCACAGUCAGGCCUCUGAUUCUUCUUCCAUCUUACUUGAAGCUGCUAGAGGAGGAAAUCCAGAUUCUGUGACUCUCUUGCUGAAGUAUGGAGCUGAUGCCAAUAUCCCCAAGAUUUCAGGCCACCUGCCCAUUCAUGUGGCAGCUGACCGAGGCCACUUAUUAGCCCUAAAGAUGUUAGUUCCAGUUACAGAUCUUGCUGCCAUUAAGUGGAGUGGAAUCAAUCCAGUUCACUGUGCAGCAGCAGGAGCACACACUCAAUGCCUGGAACUUCUUAUCCAGGCUGGAUUUGAUGUGAAUUUCAUGCUAGAUCAGAGAAUUCAUAAACACUAUGAUGACCAAAGGAAAUCAGCUUUGUAUUUUGCUGUAUCAAAUGGUGACCUCUCUUCAGUUAAACUGCUUCUGAAUGCUGGAGUUCUUCCUAAUCAAGACCCUGUUAACUGCCUGCAGAUAGCUCUGAGGAUGGGCAAUUAUGAGCUGAUAAGUCUUUUGCUGAGGCAUGGGGCCAAUGUUAAUUACUUCUGCAGAGUUAACCCUUUGCAUUUCCCAUCAGCACUGCAAUACACACUGAAAGAUGAAGUCAUGCUCAGGAUGCUGUUGAAUUAUGGGUAUGACACAGAGCGAUGUUUUGAUUGUCCUCAUGGGGACAAAGUUCGUCUCUAUGCUUUUGAAGGCUGGACAUCUACAGUUAUUAAAGAUACUAUGUUCUGUGAAGUAAUAACUUUGUCAUGGCUGCGACAUCUCUCUGGAAAAGUUGUAACAGUGAUGCCUGAUUACGUUGAUCAAGUUCGGAUCUGUUCAAAAUUGAAAUCUGUGCUUCAAAAUCAGGGGCUCUGGUCAGAAAUACAUUUUAUCUUAAGUAAGUAUCCUUCCUGUAGAAAACUCGUAAAAAAUACUAAUUGUAUGCUUGACUUAUUUUAUAGAACCCUCUUCUGGUUAAAAGCCUAACCUAAAGACAUUAGAAAAAUAAUAUUCCUUUCUAAAAAAAAAAGUUACUGUUCAUAACUUAAUUUGUAAUUAUUAUCAUUUUCUAGAAGAUACAAAUCUGCUAGGUAUUUAUUAUAUAGGCAAGUGAGACAUUUUUUCUCAGUCCACUUAAACCAUGACUAUAAAGCAACACUACAGACACAGGAAUUAAAAGCUAUGAAAUGACCAAAAAUACAGGGAUGAGAAAAGCAGAUCUAAAUUUGUGGAAGGUAACAAAAGAUCCUCCUCCAAACCAAAUUUUCCCAAAGUAGCACAUAAGAAAAAUAAUUUCAUUCAUCUCAUAUCCCCCUGGGUGAUCUUUACUGUUUUGCUUGUCUGUGAGGAACAGGAUAGGACACUAACAGAAACUUAAGGACGUUGUGUCUCAUAGACCAGACACACAAUCGGUAUGUCUUUGGACUCCAAGUUGAUGUGACUUUGAAUCCAAAUUUACACAAAGGUUUGCAAUGAAAAUGGACGCUCUCAUGCAGUCACAGUAAAUACAAAUCCUGGUGGUUUAAAUAUCAAAUACAUUUGCUAACUAAACUCUUAACAUCACUAAGAAAUAAAGCAGUUCUUUUUUCUUUUGAAUAAUGUGCCUGUUUCUUUCAUUAGCAAACCCUCGCUCCCUAAAACAUCUGUGCCGCCUAAAGAUCCGGAAGUGUAUGGGGCGUUUACGUUUGCGCUGCCCUGUUUUCAUGUCAUUUCUUCCAUUACCCAAUCGUCUAAAAGCAUAUAUUCUUUACAAAGAAUAUGACCUUUAGGGACAAGGAAUUUUUACAGGAUCCUGGUAAUCAAACUAUUCUUGAGGAAAAGGUAUAUAAUUCUGUAGUUUUUUUUUUUUUUUUUGGUACCAGGGAUCGACCUCGGGUCCUUGCGCUUGCGCAGCAGGCAGCGAAACCACUGAGCUAAAUCCCCAGCCCUUGCAGUUUUUCUUUAAAAUUUGACUUGUUAUGUAUGAUUCAUAUUUUUUACCUUACCAGCAAUUAAAAUCUCAAUGCAGUCUACACUCUUUAAAAAGUUACUCUGAACACAACCUCUCAACAUAUAAAUGCCUAGAAUUCUAAAGGCAGUAUAAAAAAGCAAUCUCCAAGUAGUGCCAGGCAUGGUGGCACAUACCUGCAAUCCCAGUGCUUGAGAGGCAAGGCUGAGGCAGGAGGAUUGCCAUGAGUUCGAGGCCAGCUUGGACUACAUACGUGAGUUCAAGGCUAGCCUGGACUACAUAGCAAGAUCCUGUCUCAAAACACACACACACACACACACACACACACACACACACCUCCAACUAGUAAAAAAUUUCAAUUAACUGAAUGAAAUACACUUCUAAUUUUGUACUGAUCUUAUAUUAAGUAUAUUAUGUAUCCAGUUUCUUUGUGUUCAGAAUAACAGAUGUCAUUUCUAAUGAUUCAGAGUAAUUCUUAACAGUAAUCUUUGUUAUAGAGAACAUACAUGUAUCCAUGACUGGACUGAAUAUAUGUCAUGCAUUAUAUGAUGUGGAAGUUAGCUGUCAAUGUGCUAAAGUCCCAAUGCCAGCUUUGAGUCUAACACUGUUUCUCUGUAGUCAGGUACAGAGAUGACAUAGUCUAGUUAAUCCAGAUAGAAGCUUUAAGGGCCAGGAUUUAGCUCAGUGGUUCUGGCACCUGUCUCAAAAGUACAAGGUCCCCAGUUUGAUCCCCAGUAAAAAAACAAAAAAACAAACAGAAGCUUUAAUUGAAAUUUCAUCAUUAAGGGAAAUCAUAUCCUUUCCUGGUUAUGAUUUACUAUUUAUUGGUUAAUGUUAUCACUGGAAUGGGAAUUAAAAGUGUUUUCAAAUAAAUGAUGGGCUUAUGGGUUUCUAUACUGAACCUAGCCUGGUCCUGGAUGUGGGGGUUGGGCUGCUCACUGAUAACAGGAGACAAUGGUUUAAAUUUGUAUUUCUACAUAGUCUGUACUGUAUGUAUACAACUUUAGUUUAUAUCUAUGUAUUCUAAGCUGUCUGUUAAGUACAGGUUUCUAUAUAUUGAAAGCAAAGAAAGAAAAUGAGAUGAUGUUCCCUCAGCCACAGCUAAGUCAUGCACAGCAACAGGGACACCGGAGGCAGGUGAUGCAGUCCGUUUCCACCAGAGCUCAGUCAGUUCUAACUAUCUGGUGUUCACAUUUAGUCUUAACAGAAUACUUCUAUUAGUAUUUUAAAGUAUUACAAUUUUUUCAUUAAGAAAUUUACAAAACUAGCUGGCACAAAGUUUUUAUUUUUUAAAAUCAAAAUUGUGUGCUUAUAAAGAAGUGGUGGGUUGUAUGUCAAUAUACAGAUAUAGCUGGGGAUUUAGCACAGUGGCACCCCGCCUGCCUUGCAAGCACAAGGUCCUGAGUUGGAUCCCCAGUACCGGAAAGAAAAAAAAAAGCAUAGGAAUAUACAGAUAUAUUUAGGAUAUACAUGCACUUAGAAAAAUUACGUUAAUUCUA